AUUCCCAAAUACCAAAAUCUCUCUUUCUCUCUCUCUCUCUCUCUCUCUCACUCACACUCUCCUCAUGGCUAACGAACAACACCUUUUAUCCACCGAGAUCGUCAACCGCGGCAUCGAAUCCUCCGGCCCAAACGCCGGCUCCCUCACCUUCUCCGUCAGAGUCCGCCGCCGUCUCCCUGACUUCCUCAACUCCGUCAAUCUUAAGUACGUCAAAUUAGGCUACCAUUAUUUGAUCAACCACGCCAUUUAUCUUGCUACUGUUCCUGUUCUCGUCCUUGUCUUCAGCGCCGAAGUUGGAAGUCUCAGCCGUGAGGAACUUUGGCGCAAGCUUUGGGAAGAUGCUCGCUACGAUCUCGCUACUGUUCUCUCCUUCUUCGCUCUCUUUGUUUUCACUCUCUCUGUUUACUUCAUGUCCCGUCCUAGAUCUAUUUACCUCAUCGAUUUCUCAUGCUUUCGCCCUUCCGAUGAAUUCAAGGUAUCAAAGGAGGAAUUCAUAGAACUGGCGCGGAAAUCGGGAAAAUUCGACGAAGGAAGCCUAGAGUUCCAGAAGAGGAUUCUACAGUCAUCGGGAAUAGGCGAUGAAACCUACAUCCCGAAAUCGGUGAUCGCCUCCGCCGAUAACUGCGCCACCAUGAAAGAAGGCCGAGCGGAGGCUUCCGCCGUCAUGUUCGGCGCUCUAGACGAGCUUUUCGAGAAGACUCGAAUUCGUCCAAAGGACGUCGGAGUUCUUGUCGUCAAUUGCUCGAUCUUCAAUCCGACGCCGUCGCUUUCCGCCAUGAUCAUCAACCAUUACAAGAUGAGGGGGAAUAUCUUGAGUUACAAUCUUGGGGGAAUGGGAUGUAGUGCAGGGAUUAUUGCAAUCGAUUUGGCUCGGGAUAUGCUUCAGUCUAAUCCUAAUAAUUACGCCGUGGUGGUGAGUACGGAGGUUGUAGGAUAUAAUUGGUACCAAGGGCGUGACAGGUCUAUGCUAAUUCCCAACUGCUUCUUUCGCAUGGGCUGUUCCGCUGUGAUUUUGUCAAAUCGCCGCCGUGACUACCACCGUGCCAAGUACCGCCUCGAACACGUAGUUCGUACACACAAAGGUGCUGAUGAUCGCAGCUUCAGGUGUGUGUAUCAAGAAGAAGAUGAACAAGGAUUCAAAGGCCUAAAAGUCAGCAAAGAUCUAAUGGAAAUCGGAGGGGAAGCUCUCAAAACCAACAUAACGACGCUUGGACCUCUCGUCCUGCCAUUCUCCGAGCAGCUCCUCUUCUUUGCAACUUUGGUGUGGAGGCAAUUCUUCAGCUCCGGCAGUGGCGUGAUGAACCCAAAGAAGCCGUACAUUCCGGACUACAAGCAAGCAUUCGAACACUUCUGUGUUCACGCAGCCAGCAAAGGCGUAUUGAAUGAAUUACAAAGGAACCUUGAGCUUAGUGAGAGUAACAUGGAAGCUUCUAGAAUGACACUUCACCGAUUUGGAAACACUUCCAGCAGCAGCAUUUGGUAUGAAUUGGCUUAUUUGGAAACCAAAGAUCGGGUCAAGUCCGGGGAUCGGAUUUGGCAGCUGGCUUUUGGUUCUGGGUUCAAGUGUAACUCUUUGGUUUGGCGCUCGAUGAGACGCAAUCGCAAGCCUGCAAGGAGCCCAUGGCUCGAUUGCAUCGAUAGAUAUCCGGUUCAAUUCUAAACCGAUACUUUGUGUUACUUGUUGGAUUCUUACUAUUAUUUUUCCUUUUUAAUGCUCUCUCGAAAAAAAGAAGGUUGUUUAAUUUAAAACUACUAAGUCAUAUAGCAAACUAGAUUUUGCUGCUUUGUAGGAAAGUUUCUUCAAAAUCUAUGAACGAUAUGUUAUUACUAUUAAUCUAAAAAAAAUGUUUAGUCUUAAA